AUGAUAUGACGCAUCACGCUACACGUCCGGGUUGGGUUACGGAAAUAAGAUGACAAGCUUAGCGCAGCGUUAUUAACGUGAAUUUCUCAAGAAACGGAGGGGAAAACCAGUUCAGCGCAAAAGUUGCUACUCAGAUGAAGAGGGUCUGCCCGGUUUCCCCCGUGUCUCACCCCCUUCCUCGCCAUGGCGUCCUAUUUUCCCACAUUCCUCCUCCUCCUUUUUCUCUCAUCCUUUGGCCUCUUGCUUCUCUCUCUCCUGCCCUCCGCCUCUCCUUCGAAUCCAUUUAAGCCUCCCUCUCAACCUUCGCCUUGGUCGUCACCCUCCUGCGGCCCGGGUCAGUCCUGGGCUGUGCGGCUCUACACUGGCCCACAUAAUGAAGAAGAAAAUGAAGAGAUCUCCUCGCACCUAGAUGCCAUAGCCAACAGGGUAGCGGAGCAGGCCGGGCUGCAGAACCAGGGUCAGAUUGGACAGCUGGAAGGCCACUACUUGCUGUGUUCUGUGAAGCCUGGUGAUGGGCCCGUCAAAGGUCUGUGGAAACGAGGGCUCCACCCUACUGACGUUCUAGCAGCCCACCCGCACGUCUUGUGGUUCUCCCAGGAGAGAUUGCUCAGUCGCUCAAAGAGGUCGGUGGCCUUCAACGACCCCAACUACCCUAAGCAGUGGCACUUGCACAAUGACGUCAAUAAGGGCAUGGAUAUAAACGUGACAGGUGUGUGGGAACACAACAUCACUGGCCAGGGAGUCACAGUGGUGGUCGUAGACGAUGGAGUGGAACACACCCACCAGGACAUUGAGUCCAACUAUAGUCCAGAGGGCAGUUAUGACCUAAACUCUAACGACCCAGACCCCAUGCCUCACCCAGACGUCCACGGCGACAAUCACCACGGGACUCGAUGUGCCGGCGAGAUUGCAGCAGUUCCAAACAACAGCUUCUGUGCAGUGGGGGUGGCCUAUGGCAGCAAGGUGGCAGGCAUCAGAGUCCUGGACGGCCCUCUGACAGACAGCCUGGAGGCCAUAGCCUUCAACAAGCACUACCAGGUCAAUGACAUCUACAGCUGCAGUUGGGGUCCAGAUGAUGAUGGACGCACUGUGGAUGGACCUCAUCCCCUGGGCAAGGCAGCCCUGCAACACGGGGUGAUCGCAGGCAGACGAGGCUUCGGGAGCGUCUUUGUGGUUGCCAGCGGCAACGGAGGUCAAUACAAUGACAACUGCAACUACGACGGCUACGCGAACUCCAUCUAUACCAUCACAAUCGGCGCUGUCGAUGAGAACGGCCGGAUGCCAUUCUACGCUGAGGAGUGUGCGUCCAUGCUGGCUGUCACAUUCAGCAGCGGGGGCACAAAGCUGAGGAGCAUUGUGACGUCAGACUGGUCCAUGCGGGAGGCGACGGGCUGCACUGAGGGCCACACCGGCACGUCCGCCGCGGCCCCACUGGCGGCAGGAAUGGUGGCCCUCAUGCUGCAGGUCCGGCCCUGCCUCACCUGGAGGGACGUCCAGCACAUCAUCGCCUUCACCGCCACCAAAUGUGACAACCGUGCAGACUGGAGGAAGAACGGAGCAGGUUUCCAUCACAGCCACCAGCACGGCUUCGGUCUCCUCAAUGCCUGGAGACUCGUCAAUGCGGCCAAGGUGUGGGAAUCGGUUUCGUUCCUCGUGUCCUAUCAGAGCCCAGUGAUAAAGGAGGAAGCGCCCAUCCAGACUUAUCCCGACGUGCUGAUCCGUACCUGGAAUGUCUCUGCCGCCGACCUGAAACAGUCUGGGAUGGAGACGCUGGAGCACGUGGCCGUUACCGUGACAAUAACGCACCCAUGCCGUGGCAACGUGGAGAUAGUGUUGGAGUGUCCCAGCGGCAUGACAUCAGUCAUCGGGGCUCGCCGCGCCACCGACAAUGACCCUGCGGGAUACCAGGAUUGGACUUUCUCCACUGUACGCUGCUGGGGCGAGAGAGCCAAAGGCCAGUACACACUCAGGAUAUCUGAUCACAAACAGUCAACAUAUGAUCAGUGUGCCGCUGCGGGGGUGCUGAAGGAGUGGAAGUUGACCCUCUACGGUUCAUCUAUGACAUUCAGCGAGGUCAAGGAAAGACAGAGGCUGGUGGAGGAGGCUAUGAGUGGCAAGUACCUGGACAGCAACUACUCACUGCCAUGCCACCCAGGCCUGGAUAUUCCACCAGACAUCAUCAGCCCCUUCAGCUCUAACAACCUCAAGCUCCUGCUGUUGGUGGGCUGCUUCGCUCUCUUCUGGUCCCUCUACUACACACUGGAGGUCAUGCUGGCUCACCGAAACCUCAGCGACCUUUUGUGCCUGCCCAGUAGGCGAGGUGAUCACAGAGCCAAGAGGGGCCGCCGUGGGAGAGCAAUGCAGGAGGCAUUGUUAGAAGCGGAGGUGGGCAGUGAAGAAGAGGAGCAGGACUCGGGGAUUGGGUUGCAGACGGUGCUUGAUCUUGAAGUCAAGGUGCCGCUCAUCUCUGAUCGGCCGGCGACAUAGCACUGAGCCCGACAUUGGCUUAAAAACCCUCUCGCCGUAUUUGCUCAUGGGACAUCUCAGGCUUUCCCCCUCAUCUCCGCAGUCGCACACCCAGCCUCCCAGCCCACUUCUGAUCCCACUCAACCUCCAUCAGUGGAGGUGGGGAGUCAGAGUGGACUGCAGAUGAACUUGAAUGACGAGUGAAUUGUUGAACCUUCUCUGCAUUCUCCAGAUAAGUGACCUUGUAUGUGUUUGCGCUGUGACAAUGUGUGUUGUUGUGUCUCUUUACAAAUGUGUGCACAAGGAAACAAAAAAAACAGGGCAUUUUCCAAAAUUAGAAUGUUUUGUCUGCUGUGAAAGUCAGAAUUCACAGUUGCUUGCUCUAGAUUAAGUGUCAGACUUGAUCUGCACCUAACAGGGACCUAACUGGGUUUAAUGCCCCCAAAAAACUGCACAUGUGAAGGUGUUGAACUGCGUCCUGGCACAUGUAUGUGCAUAAGAUGUGCACCCAAAGAAGAACUGACAAUACAAAUUGAUAGAAUGCACUUUCCAGGAAAAAAAAAUAGUCAUGUGAACUCCAGGAAACUAUGAAACUACUGUACGUCUGUGUGUGUGCGUGAGAGUGUGUGCGUGCGUGUGUAUGCCCUGUGUGAUGACGUGUGGUUGUGUUUGGUCUUCCAUGCAAAAGUGGCCUAAAUGUGAGCUUUCAGGUGGGUAUGGAUGUAUUUUAUAAUAGAUGUAUUUUCUAAGGGGUUAUUUUAUGCAUUUCAUUUUUUAAAUCUGUGGCUACUUUCCGUGGGUUAUCAAGGAAUCACUGACAUAAACUUGAACAGGUAUUUUCAAGUGUGGGAUUUGCAAAUGUUCUUUUUUUUUUAAAAAAUUAAAGUAUAAUAUAUACUGUACACAGUGUGUGCCUGCUCAACAGAUAUAUGCCGGCUGUAUUAAAGGAUUUCUACAGUGUUUUUAAGAAUGUAAUAAAGAGCUCUAAUUUUUUUAUGUAAACGAUUGUUUGGAGUGAAGAUGGAAACUGUGUUUUGCUGUGCAAGUCACAGGUGUUGUGAAGGACAAUAAAAGACGAUGUUGAUGGAA